AUGUCGAGUCUUGAAGAAGUCCUCCAAGUCCAAAAGGACACCAAUGUCCUUCGUGCUCCGGCGACAUCGGCCCCGAACAGCAAGCAGUCCUUGUCCGCUCAGACCGACCCGACUAUGAACUUUGCUAUCGUCAACACUACGAGCUCUUCCAGCGUUUACGCCUACGUGUCCGGGCUUGCUAUACAGAACAAUAAUGCCGUAUUCAUGCUGGAAAGCGACGGCUCCACGGUUCAUUUCCCGAGUUCGCCAGACAGCACAGGAAAAUCUCUGCAAGCAAACACUGCUAUCCAACUGGGAUCUCCAGGGAGCACUACGACGAUCACGAUCCCGCAGACAGCUGGCGGCCGGAUUUGGUUCUCCCAGAACGCGACCCUGACCUUCUUGCUGAACCCGGGCCCGGCCCUGGUCGAGCCGUCGGUGACGAAUGUGAGCGAUCCAAAUUAUGAAUCCCGAUGGGAUUUUUGUGAGUUCACGUACAAUAGCUUCCAGCUAUUCGUCAACAUCACCUACGUGGACUUCGUCUCCCUGCCCAUUGCCCUGCAGCUGGAAAAUAAUUCAGGCCUCGUGACCACGGUCGCAGGGACCCCGUCCAACGGACUCGACACCGUCUGCUCCGCCCUCACCGAGCAGAGUGCCGCGGACGGCGCCGGCUGGAAGGACCUCAUCAUCAAGGACUCCACAGGGGCGAACCUCCGUGCUCUCAGCCCCAACUCCGGCAUCGUCAUGAAUAAUUCCCUGUUCAACGGCUACUUCCAGCCCUACGUCGACAAGGUCUGGGCCAAAUACGCCACGACCGACCUCCAGGUGGACACCCAGGCCAGCUACGGCGUCGUCUCGGGCGAGGUGGACUCGUCGUCGAAGCUCGCAUUCGGCGACGCGGGGUCCUUCCCGCAGCCCUCGGCGGCCGACAUCUUCAGCUGCUCCACGGGCGCCUUCGCGGUGGGCACGGACGAGAUGGCCAACAUCGCCGCGCGCCUCGCCGCGGCCUUCAACCGCUCCACCCUGCUGGUCAACAGCAACCAGCCCGACGGCGAGCAGGUGUCGACCUACUACGCCGACCCCGUCACCAACCACUACGCGCGCAUCGUGCACGCGGCCAACUCGGACCGCAAGGGCUACGCCUUCCCCUACGACGACGUCGGGCCCAGCGAGGGCGCCGACCAGAGCGGCAGCCUGUUCGACCCCAACCCGAAGCUGCUCACCGUCACCGUCGGGGGGCUGUCGUCCACGAGCUCCGCGGCCGUGAGCGCGAGGGACCACGCCGUGCGCCUGGGCCAGCGGCCCGCCGGCCGGAGGAGCCACCCCGGCCCCCUGAUUGCCCGGCGGGACCUGGAGGGCGAGGGCGAGGGCGAGAAGCCCGCGCUGGCCCACUCGGAGCCCGCGUACAGCCGGGGCAGCGGCAGCAGCGGCGGCAGCAACGACGACGUCUCGGAGGGCGUGGACCUGGAAGCAGGCCUCGGUUCCCGAGGUAAGCAAGACUCAUUUUCUGAUGAUGUCAACCCGUUCCUUCCCCUGUUCCCUCGCCGCGGAAGCGGCAAGGGGUCCCAUGAUGCAGAGCUGUCGUCCUCAACGUCUUCUCUCGCCAGCAGGUCUCUGACCUCGUUCGUCCCGAGACGCUGGGCGGACGCGGUCGCCUCCGCCCUGGGGCGCCUCGAGCGGCGAUCCCCCCCUGCGAUGUACGCGAGCGCGAAGCCGGCGGUUGAUCUUGUCGUGCGGCUCGUCACGGUCUUUUUGAGCAUGUCUGUUAGGACGUUCGUUUCGAGGGUGAUGAUGGGGUUCUUGUUGGUGCUGUUCUAUUUGUUGGCCCCUGCGGUUAGGGGCAGUGCUGGUGUUGGUGGUGGUGGUGAGCUUCUUGUUGGUCAGGCGGCGCCGUCGACUGCCGGCGAGGUAGGUAUGGUCACUGCAAAGCCUGUCGGUGUCACACCUGUGUUGGUUCCGGAGUGA